UUUUAUGUUCAAAAAAGACGGCAACCCAUUAGGGAAUAAAUAUUUUAACGACCUAAUUGGAGAUGAAUGGGUGCGUAACUUCAUUAAACGUUGUUGACUCUUGACACAUACACAAUGGCACUCAUGGGAAUGAACCUUACUGGCAUGACUGGCACUUACAGAGGAAAAAAGGGGAGUAAAAGUGGCAAAAGCCAUAAGCCAAGUCUACAAGAGAGCUUUAUCUGAAUAAUGGAAAGACCAAAGAAAUCUGUAUUAAACUUUAUAUUGUUUGAACAUUUAGUAAGUGUGAACACAACAUUAAUUCAAAGUUUGUUUUAUACUGAGUAGACACUUGUUCAAAAAAGCAUGGUCUAAAAAAUUGGUGUUCGUGCAAAGUUGAAUCAAUUAAGUUCACUUAUGGAGUUGUUAUAACCAACUGUUUUUCAGUUACAACCUCUUUAGACAGCGAAAAGUGUACGUCUUCGCUACGUCAACGAUGAACAAGUUAUAUUGAGUUUGUUCAACCCCGUACAACCGGAAACCGGCUUACCUUUUAUUUGCGGUGAAAAAUGAAGCGGUGUUGAUAAAUGGUUCGGCGCGCCGAGGUUAAAAGAAACUAUGCCAAAAAGUUUAUCUGAUUUUGGAAAACUCAAUUACACCGUAUAAAAUACGUGCCCGCGGGGGAUAACAUGUUGAGUAAUUUUGCCGCAUUUUUGCGUUAAACUAUAAACGUUUUUGUGUAAAGGCCUGGUUACUUUUUGAUACGAAUUAAUCUACACCAGGCGUUCCAGCAGCUGCGUCUAUUUAUGGUGAAAAAGUAAACUUAAGUAAAAAAAAAGAAAAUUUUGUAAUAGUUACCAGUGGAGGUGGGUAGACGAUACUGAUCACCCAAAGCUCUUGCAGAAGGCCUUAAAUAAGUUGCCAAAUAUAAUGCCAAUUAAGACUCCUACAAGUUAUGAUAACAUUUUGGAUAGUUUGGUAAACAUUCUAUUUGGGCGGAGGACUCGUGAGUGUUGCGGUUUUCUGAAGGAACUUUGAAUAUAUUGCUACAUGGGACACCAGGAAUUUAUCUAUAUAUAGGAAUAUUCAGCAUAACACUUAGACACUUGAAAAUGUGCCUGAAGAGCAGUAGAAUGCUGCCGCUAGAGUUUAUAUUGUUGUUGUUUGUGCUGCUAAGGUCUAUGAUUCUCCCUACAUGUCUACAAUACUUGUACUUCGGAUAUUACGAUAUGUCACGACGAUAAACAAUCGACGAUAAAGGUUUUCCUUGACGGUAUUAAAUUUUGCCCGUUAGAGGGGAAGCUUUUGUGGGAUUCCUAAUCCAAUAACCCUAAUGAACGCGGCCGCCAUGCAGCCAAAGGGAAAUAAAAAUUCCUGCCGCAAAGUCGCGCCAAGCGGAGUCUGCACGAUAAAUUCGAAAGCGUCUGGAACUAUCCACCGUACCUACAUGUUGCCGUUGACGGUCGCCCUUAUUACGUCAGCGGGAAGGAUUUCAUCGGAUCGAAUGCAAUUCGAGAGCGUAUUAACGUGGACGCUAAUAAACUAUCGAUGUCCUAAUAUGGGUCAGACUUGGAUGCUAGUUCGUGCGGCUGCCAUACUACUGGUGACACGGCAAACGCUGGCGCUGUCAGACAUCUUUGAAGAGGGGAAAUCCGAUAAGGAAAUCCUGGAUAAUCUUUUGCGGGCUACGCGCUAUGACAAGCGGCUUCUACCUCCGGUGAGAGGUUCGCUGACCGUAAACGUUAGCGUUUUGCUGCUCAGCUUGGCUUCGCCAGACGAAUCCAGUUUGAAAUACGAAGUCGAGUUUCUGCUCCAACAGCAAUGGUACGACCCACGGUUGAGAUAUUCGAACCAAAGCCAGUACAGUUACCUGAACGCUAUCCAUCACCACGACGACAUAUGGUUACCGGAUACGUACUUCAUAAUGCAUGGUGAUUUUAAAGACCCGCUGAUUCCGGUACAUUUUUCCCUCAGGAUUUACAGGAACGGAAGCGUAAACUACUUGAUGCGGAGACAUCUGAUAUUGUCGUGUCAAGGGAGCUUGAAUAUAUUUCCGUUCGACGAUCCGAAAUGUACGUUUUCGAUGGAAAGUAUAUCGUACGAGAUCACGUCCAUAAAUUACGUGUGGAAAAACGAUGAAGAUGUUUUGAGAAAAUCGCCGAGCUUGACGACCCUUAACGCGUACCUCAUCAAUAACCAGACACUUAUUUGCCCCAUACAGUCGAGCUGGAGAGGCAACUACAGCUGUCUGCGGGUGCAUCUGAUAUUUACGAGAGAUCGAGCGUUCUACUUUACGACCGUAUUUAUACCGGGGAUUAUCCUCGUUACUUCAUCUUUCAUUACGUUUUGGUUGGAAUGGAACGCUGUGCCAGCGAGAGUGAUGAUCGGAGUAACAACAAUGCUCAACUUUUUCACGACGUCGAACGGAUUCCGAUCGACGUUGCCGGUUGUGUCAAAUUUAACCGCAAUGAAUGUAUGGGACGGUGUGUGCAUGUGUUUCAUUUACGCAUCGCUCUUGGAAUUCGUCUGCGUUAACUACGUGGGUCGGAAAAGACCGCUUCACAAUGUCGUUUAUCGUCCUGGGGAGAAUCCGUUUACGCAGCGUCUGCCCGCUGUUCUGAGCAGGAUAGGCAUUAUACUGGCCAGUCCCUUGGGCGACAAGAAAAGAGACUCUGUCACGCUGGCUAACGAAAUAAUUAGUUGCGCCAAUUGUGGACCAAAUCCUUGUAGUCACACGAACAAUGGCUGUCCUGCUGAAGUCAGGAAAAAGGAGCCGCCCCACCCAAUCAGAGUGGCGAAGACGAUUGACGUUAUAGCUAGGAUAACGUUCCCGACAGCUUUCGCGGUAUUCCUCAUAUUUUUUUUCUACCAUUACAAAAGCUUUACAAACGCACACGAUUAGAAACGGCUAAAAAUUACAAACGUUUUAAACGAAACUGCUUACUUACAUACACAAAACAUAUCAAAACCAGUGAAUGAACCAGAGUGGUACUUAAAAAUAGUGUGUAAAUAUAUUUGAGACGUGUGCCAUGUAGAGGAAAAAUAAUGUGUCAGCUUCUAUAUACGCAAGUUUCAAAGCUGAUCAACCGAGGUUCGCAAAACGUGUAGCUGUUACAGCACUGUAUAUAAUUUUAAGAAAUUUCAUAUUUUGAGAUAGCUAUAUGUAUAUUUUCUGCAAGUAUUAUAUAUGUAUACACCAAUCUGAUUUUUGUUUAAGACUUGUGAUAUAGGAGUGAUCGGCGAGGUUUUCGUGACAGGUAGUACGUGCGGUAUGUUUCAUUAAUAAUCGGAUUCCCCUAGAAACGAAACAAAAAUAAGAUCCUUUUUACAUUCUGUUAUCUGCAGUGAUAAAAUAAAUUGUCAUGCAUUGCAAUUUUUUUAACACGCCGUAUAUUUGGAUUGAUUGAAACAUCUCGCAUAAAACGAUGUAGGAAGCCGAUCACUUCGGAGAUAAGGAAACACUUUUUUAUUGUUUUGCUGUUUCACAUAGUAGCGAAAAAAAAAUUAAAUAUCAUUUGUUGGGGUCAUUCCACAACCCUUAAUUUAUAUGAUAAAUUCGUCUAUAUAGUGAUAUUUCUAGUCAGCAGCGUCACAUAUUAUGUGCAUGCGGUGUAGAACCAAGUUGUACAAAAUCAUUUUAAACUUACGUACUAUUGAAUAUAGAGCAAUGAGCAUUAGCCACGCAAGCAGCCAUGAAUUUAAGGCACCGCUACUGAGUUCGACGCCAUUUGCCGAAUUUUGGAAUAAUUAAAAGAGCAUUUUCCUUAGUGUUGGUGCUGUGAAGUUCAUGCGGUCUUGCAUGCAGCAGUUUUUGAUAGUCGAAACACUAAAACUAACAAAGACUGAUGCCGUGUAAUCGCGUUUAUUCCCUUGCUGAAAAUAAAACACGAAUUUUAUCGAAUUUAACACGUUGAUUUUUAAACAAUCACGAUCUUGACGUUGUGUUAUUAUUAGGAAUAUUAAGUAUAUAAAGUUAUUUUUACACACCUGAUAGGUAAAAUUUGUUGGGACUCUGCAUUAUAAUUUUUAUUUGUAGUUGAAGUUUCGGAAGUUAUAUUAUAUGUUUAACCACCUCUCUGUGAUUAAUGUUAUGUGAACCGUACCUGACAUUUUGUUCAUCGAACACACAUGGUUAUUUAUUUGUAACGCCUUCAUUGUCGAGUUUCGCCUACACUUAAUAUUAUGAGCUUGAAUUUGCACUGUUAUUGCGAGCAACCCCAUCGCAGACAUAAAAAUAAAUGGGAGGUUUCCACAUCUCGUUCGUAAGUGUGAGAUAAAUUUUUGUUGCCUGUAGCUUUAAUUGCAAUUUCUGAGUGAGGCGCUAGCCAUAUUCAAGCUUAUUUAUAUUCUUAUAUAAAAACAAAUAUCUUAUAUAAAAACACCACCGUUUCAAUUUGCGAACGAACUCAAGAAUCGCCCUGUUUUUCGCAACAAGAGCUUCUGGUGCUUGUGGUUAAAGCAAUGUGAUAUUUGGAAUUGCUUAAAACUUUUACCCUUGUCCCAUUUAAAUAAUAUUCGGCAAACUGAUGCGCCAAAAGACAAAGUACAUUCCAAUUGCGAUUUUAGCAGUAGGGCUUGUCAGUAACAUUUGAUAUGUUGUUUGUGUUUUUUUUUAAUGUUAAAUUCUAUAUGUACAUCAAGAUACCCAAUACUGGACAUUAACAUCAUAUAGUAGAGAAAUAGGGGCCUACAGCUUACCAAGUUUAGUUUUUAUCGGAUCAAUGAUACGUAACAGUGUAAAUAUACCCAAGAAUCUAGUUAAUUCGUAAGAAAUCGCAUACUCGAUUGGUAUUACCCGCAUAGAUGUAGUCCUUUUUCACAUCAGCUGUAUUAUAAUAUAUACAAAAGUAAAUUUUGUAAUUAAAAAAAUUCUAAGUGGCUAAAAGCUUUAAAGUGACCUCAAUUUUAUAUAUGAUAACUAUUGUAAUCUUAACCAUUUUUUGGCUUUAACAUUGCCUUUUAAUAUGCACCAAUUUAACCACAAUUUGAUAUUUGAUAUGAUAUAAUUAGAUGAUAAAGUUUAAGAAGUAAUUGCAUUCGGCUCAGAUGUAUAUAUUGCACACAUCGAAUUCAUAAUGAAUACCCUGUGACUUACGACGUUUCAUUUGUUAAAGUUUACGAAUAAAUAAUUCCAUCUAA